AUGAAGACAACCUUUGUGUUUUUUCUCAGCGCCUGCCUGUAUGCAGCUGCCACUAGGUCCCAGACUGGAGCAAAGAACGUUUCAGUGGACAAUGUCACCUUGUCCGACGGCAAAAUCGUAGUACAGCAGAUUUGUACCUCGGGUGCUGCUGCCAAUGAAAUCACCUCCCUAAAGAAAGAAGUUAAGCAGUUGAAAGAGGUACUGCUUCAACGAUUAGACGAGCUGUUAAGCCGACUUGGUAAGACAACAAUAACGUUCUUAAUAAUUGAUGAUUUACCCAGGGAUUUACCUCUCUCAAUCCGUGAUUUGUGAAAUUGUUUUGGGAAACCUGUAGUCUUCUACGCGCCGUUUUUUGUGCAGUCAACGCUUAGGCAGCGCCAUUAAGCAGGGGAAACCAAGACUGAAGAAAAAUUAGUUUAAUCGUCUCAACGCAGUUCCAGACUACAGGAUAGGAAAACUUCUUUAAUCUAGAGCUAGAUGAAUACAGUGACAGCACUGUCUUUGAGAGGUAGAUAGAUCUAAAGAUCAUUUCCUAUCAGUUACCUCUUUGCAAAAUUCAUUGAUAAGAAUGAACAACGGACCAGUAUUAUGCAAUGAUUGGCUUUCCAGGAUGCUAAUUUGCCUUUACCUGAUUCACUAAAUAAUGUUCAACGUCAUUUUUUUCAGACCGUCCAUUCGAAACGAAUUCAAGCUACUCGUUAAAGAAAGUAAAUUCAUCUUUACAAAGCAUGUUGCCAGUAACGAAUACUACCGAAUACCCUUUAAGAAGAUCUACUUUCCUGCAUUCCAAAGUUAACUCUAGGGCCAUUUAUACGAGGAAAAAUAAUACGCUUCUUACAUAAGACGCGUCUUAAAUAAGACGCGAACUGUACCAUUUAUACGAGCAUGUCUUAUCUAAUAAGACGCGUCUUAGCUAAGCCGCGUCUUAUUUUAGACGAAAUGUGCCGUUUAUACGGAAAGUCAGCCAAGCGCGGUCAUUGCACGCGUGCUGAACAAGAAUGCUGUAUCAUGACAGACUAGAAACAAUAGACAACUCCCAAAGCACAAACUCAGCCAAAACGCUAAAAAUCUUCAAUGUUUACUCAAGUUUGGGCUUAUAGAAGAUAAUGUCGCAGUUUUUCAAUGACCAUGAAAUUCAGAGUCCGGGUAGUUAGUUAAUCAAUUGUGGCCCUGAAAAAAUUUGAAGGAAAAAAAACUACGAAUUUUUAAGAAAAUGCUUUUUUCGUGAGAAGGACUCUUAAACGCUGACAAACGUCAACAAAUAGCGAAAACUAUAAUUUCUAUAUGUUUGCUUUGCUCGAAAUCGCGCGCAUUUACAAGGCCCUAAAGCGUUUUGCUGACUUGCAAGGACCCAUCUGUUAUAACGAUGCCCAAAAUAAAGAGAUGAAUCUCAUAGUUUAUUAGAUAUAAUCCGUGUAAAGUUUGCUUAUCAUUUUCGCAUAAAUUAUGACCUAAAUUUGGAAACCGCUGAAUUUCUCGAAUUGGGUCUUUGCGAUUUUGGUGAAACUCUGUUCAGCGCAAGGCACUAAUGCGCACUAUGUGUAGCCGAGAGAUUUUCACGAAAAAAUGCCGGCAACAGCAGAUUUUCGACUCAGACCUCAAAGGGGCGUGGCAUUAUAACCACGUGACAUUUACUCCGAUCGCCAAAAAUUUUAUGUUAUAUUGUAGAUUGAUCUAUAUGUUAUCCAUUCUAUGUGUUAGACUUACGAUAAAAGUAAAGGUGGGGAUACCAGAGAGCUUCAAAGUAGGAUGGUACCCCCCAAAAAAAACUGGGUCGAGUCACCUUAAGACACGUCUUAUUUUUCCUCGUAUAAAUGGCCCUAAUAUGUCAAAUGCAGGCGACUUUUCCUGGAGUUGAAUUCUUAAGGUUUUUUUUUAUUCGGGUCCAAAAGGAGAAAACUUACCAAAAUUGUAGUUUGUAAAUUGUGAGAACUAAACGGUUUGCAGAAGGCUUCCUCAAGUCGUUGGCUACUUCCAACUCCCAUAAACUAAGUGGAGUAGGUGGAAAUUUAGUGUCGAAAUUAAAUAUCCUAAAAUAUGCCCUACCCGUUUUAUGUCAAGGAUGUUUUUCACAGCAAAAGUAAACAGAUCCGUCUAGGCAGCUCUCUCUCGGUCGUGAUUCUGAAAGGCUAUUUUGUUUUAAUAACGAUCCUCUUUAGUAACAUGAUCCAGAGAAGCAAAGCAAAAAUAACCUGCCCGACUAGCAGACAUGGACCACUUCCCACUCAGCUUAAACUAACUAUUUUUUACGUUCUCUAAAAUUCCAUCACGUUUGACUACCCUGUGUACGUUUCUCCUUCAUAUUUCACACCGAAUAUUCCGUUGGAACGGGGGAUCAAGGAAUGGGGAAUAUAUAAAGCGUGAAUCUUUCAAAUGGGGAAUCUUUACGAAAACGAGGAAUCUUUAAAAUGGGGAAAAGCCUUUAAACUUUAAUCUUUUAAAGGGGGAAACUUCUCCAUCUUACAUGAAUUCAGUAAAGUUAAAAGCGGCCUUUUGUAAAGAAAUAUUUGAGAACCAAAUAUAGUGAAUAAAUCAAAUAAAUUGUGGUAAUUUUAAAUAAACUCUUUUUUAUCGCAGGCAAAGAUGAAUCCACAUCUGGCCAGUGGGACUUGUUUAAUGGUAGGUUGAUCCACUGUACGUUAAGUACUGAAUCUAAGAACUAUUGAUUAAGGGUUCCAUACUGGAAGUGAAGUGCGGCCCAAUGUAGAAAGAUCAAGGGGUUGGAACGGUAGUAAAUAAUCUAUUGUAUCUCGGUUUAGGAUAUCAGAUGGUCUUCAAGGUCUUAGAUUUUUGUCUCGUCACGCAAAGCUAGGAGAAUUUCGUGACGAGACAAAAGAGAGACUGUGAUGUAUAAAUUACAAAAUGCACGAAUUUGAAGUUGAGUUAUAUUGUAUUUUUAAGCUUGUUAUUAACUUAAGCUUUAUCUUGAUGUGUGAUUAUAAUUCAACUUGAACUACUUGCAAAAUAAGAUAUCACGUCUAUACCACAUUCGACGCACGUAUAAGAAAUGUAAAUUGUAAAAAUAAAAAUGUUUUAAAAUCCACGAAAUAUAUUUCGCUCUUCAAGCCUGCGUCAGUCAAUAAUUUUUUAUUUCAUGUGAGAUGCACUAAAAUAGUCUGCGUGUUCGCCAGUGUCAUGUACGCCAACAUGGUGUAUUCUAUUUCACGUGGUCACGUGCGACUACCGCGCGUGGAACGCGGAAAUAAUUCCAUUCGUUUUUAGAGUUCAUCAACGAGCCUUCCGGUACUUGAUCUAUCCGAGGACCUUCCGAUAUCUGCCUCAACAUGGCGUCGUUGGAGUAAGAACCGGCAACGUUCAUUUCAAAUUUCUGCAUUUCACUGUUGUGUUUCUCUUUACAGUGCUUCCAUAAGGCUGAUCUUUCUUCCUUUUUGGGCAGUGACUUUAUGUGUUCUUAUCCUCUAGUGUACGCGCUCCUUGAUGUUUCUCCGAUAUACACUCAGCAAAUUUUAUGUUGUAAGUCACGCUCUGUCUAUCACACGUUCCUUUUCCAUCUUCUCUACACACUGGGCAAUCCCCUCCUUCACAUUUUCGUGAUUUAAACGGAUCAGAUCUCUGAUAAAUAAAAUGCAUACUCAAAUACACAACAACAACAAAAAAAACUUCCAGAAAGCAUCUUCGAUUUAGCGAAUUGUCACUGAAUUGUAUGUAUCCGUUUCUGUUGUAUUCAUUCUUUUACUUCAUGACAUCAAUAAAAAUAAGUAUUUUAAAUGACAAGGAAAACCUCAAUUCAGUUUGCUUACCUCGGUAAGCAAAUCGUUCGUUUCCUUUGCCUCUUUGCUGGGGCAAAUUAUGACCUCAAUUGUAAUUCAGUUUGUUCGCCUCGUUGCCUCAUUCACCUCGUUAGAAAAAGUAGUGAACUACAACAGGAAGGUUAUCUGCUAAAAAUGAUUCUGCUGAGUUGAUUGUUUAGGGAGCUUUGAAACUAAUUGUGUUCUCGUGGCGGUGCUAAAUUGUCUCAUCGAUUGUGUUCGUGAUCCGGUAACGAUCAGCACAGCUAAUAACUGGCUGGGCUCAUGGACAGAAAGUGCUGCGAAACACAUGAAAGAACAAUGUCUUCCCCUCGAAUCCUCACUUAAACGUUCGCUACCUUUCCAAAAUACUUAACUUUACAACUGACAUGACAAGCAAAUGAGUAACUUAAGCUUACAUGCUGCGUUUCAGAAAAUCACAUGAGAGAAAAUUUCAGUCUCUUAUUUUAAUUUACAACCUGAAAGCUUGUAAGCCCUGUAAGCCGCUUACACGAAAGCUUACGCUGAAAACCUGUCCCUAAAUCGUGCCUGGUAUACUCACAGAAUUGGCCGCCAUUGUACUGUUCUGGAUUGGGUGCUACGCGGCGGGGACUGGGAACUGGUAAAACAGCGAAACAAACUUCCAAACUUCCAAAAAACUUCCCAACAAAUCGAGUUGUCAGACGCCUUCAAGACAAAAAUAGGUAGCAAGAGAAGGUAGCUACCCUCUGCGGGCCGUAAUAUCCUUAACAGCCCUACUGCCGGACGUCAUUAAACAGAUAUCCGAUUCUCAAACGAUAUAGCAAUUGCAAAUGCUUACGAUUCACUUCAUAAUUUCAUCGAUCGUAAAGCAUUUUACGAGGGUCUGAAUGGGGUUUAAUGUUUAGUGUUAUUUGCCCUUAAUUUUUAGUGUUUGCUGUUAAAUUGGCCAAUUUUUUUAAUGUUUACUGUUUCCGAAGAAAAUACUUUUCGUCAUAGUGUUUGGAGGAUUCUUCGGACAUCUUCGGCAAUGGUCGGACCUCUUCGUUAGACUUCGGAAAUCUUUGACACUCUUCGGGAAUCGUCGGUAGCUUCGGAAAUCUUCUGAAAUAAUCCGGAAUUGUCGUAAAAUGGCCGAAAACUCCUUGAUAUACUAAACAAAAUAAUAUUGGCCUUUUUAGAGCCGUUUUUGCUUCCAUCUGGAAAAAAAUAUACUGUUUUAAAGAAUUUUUUACUUUUAGUGUUAAAAUGCCUAAAAUUUAAGUGUUUCGUGUUACAAAGCCAAUUGAAAAAUGAAGUGUUUAAUGUUAUCGAGGUAUACCCCCAUUCAGAUGGAUCCUCUUUUGCGAGCAGACGCAUUAACUCUUAGUAUUUACUCUAGUGAGCUAGUUAUUGUUACAUGGUUUACAUGAAUUACUACUAAAGAACACACGCCUUGUAAGUACUUAUAAGAGCCCAGAAGUAACUGAUCAGAAGUGACUUAGGCCUAGGCCAACGUCGAACUUUUCAUGAGAUGAACCAAACUUAGUAAGUUAAGUUCAUGAAAAGUUCGACGUCUGGCUCAGUUACGUUCGUCUGAACGGGUUUGGAUCGUCCAACACGUUCUAUCGGCCUGCUUCAGACGGACAGAAUUAACGUCUGUAGACAGGGGCACUUAAUAACGGAAUGUUUUCAAAUACGUCAGAAGUGUCUCAGAUGGUUUGCUCUAUGCUUUAGAAGACUGUUUGGUUAAUUUGGAGUUGCCCCAAAAACUUUUUAUCUGUUCGGAUGUUUUAAGGGAACUUUGGUCGUCACAAAAGUUUUACGUGGCUUUUUCGUCUCAUCCGAAAGUGUUCGCUACCCUUAUGAGUCUGGUCGAAAGUUUGAGGACAUGAAGUAGCCUUGCUUUCAUUAGAAAAUUAUAGGGAACGUUUUGUUUUUAUACCGAAAGUUUUAGGAGACCUUUUUAAAAUAAUAAUCGCAAUAUCUUGGUAUUAAAAUGUGAAUAACACAACCUCCGAAAAUCGUAGUUAAGCUAUCAGAAAACCUCCGAAUAUUUGAGACGAAUUGAAUGGUUAUCCAGACAUUUUUAGCUCUUCUCAAGCUUUAGAAAUUUCUAGGCAACAUUUGCUCCUUCGAACAGUUAUUGUAGAGAAAAAGUCGCUGGGUGCCCCUGUGAAGAUCGUCUCCGGGACAAAUGUCGAUCUUAACAUGCGACGAACUGAACUAAUACAUUGAAAAUUUGUAUAAUAAUGUUUAUUUAGCCUCGUCUGGGAGAACGUCUAUUGCCAAUCUGAUUCAGAUUAGUUCGAAGCGUCCUAAGUUCGACGUCUGACCCAACAAACGAUCUUAACUUAGUUUAGGUUAACCCAAAUUAGAAUUUGGUUCGUCUCAUGAAAAGUUCGACGUUUGGCUUCAGUCUUUUAAAAUUGUUUGUAAUUUUUCAGUGUUAUUCUACGAUGAGGUGUCGUUUCUUAACAUGCCUAUUUCUCUCUGAUCUUUGACUUGCUACAUAGUUUAAGAGACAUCAAUAACCCCUUUCUAAUAUUUCAUUCCUUUUAUCUUUUUUAAUUUAUUUCAUACUUGCGUUUCUUUUUUUGCGGGAUUUAAAGCCUUUAACCACCGUCCGUUGAAACUGCGAGAUAAUUCCUUUCAGGUCUCCUUUCUUUCUGGCGGCUCAACGGUAUUGACGGUCAAGUCAGGUAAGAACAUUAAUGAAAUAGUGAACCAAACUGCGUAGUUUUUCCUUGUGUGUUCUGCUACAAACACAAUGCAGCUCUUUGUGGGAUGGCAGUAAUCGGUGCUGGGUUCGGGACUACGUUUUUAUAGGAAAUUCAUCCUACGCAUGAUCAUGAAAAAAAUUCGCGUUAAUUUAAGUCACGUUAAAGUAAACGUUAAUUUCCGCGCCAUUAAUUUCUUUAUUUUGGCCCAAAAUUCUCGAUGCACUCAAGACAUUCUUAACACCUUAGGAAAGACGAGUAUUUUGUCGGGGUGGGGAUCCAACUGUGACGAACCCUCCAAGUGGCCAGAUUUCUUCGCUUGACCCCAUUCGUACGUUUAGGGAAAGUGCCACCAAGAAAGUUUUCAUUUCGGAUUAUACAUUUAUGCCAUUUUACAGCUUAAAGGGAUCUGCAAGAUACGAGAAGCAAGAUGGAAGAACAGCUUUGUAUUUAGACGGAAGUAGUGGGGCGUUCGCGGAGACUCCGUCUCUUCCCAUCCAUCGCACAAGCCUAACAAUCGCCGUAUGGAUCAAAAUGAAGAGCUCGGGUGCACAAUAUGCAGUUUAUGGCGACUGGUCUUAUCCUUGGUCAUUUCGAUUGUUUAUUGACCCGAGCAGUCACUUUUGUGCCCAGGCGAGAAAUACAGCUGGAAAAGAGAUUUUUAGGUUUUGUACAAGGUAGGUAUCUUCACAUUUUCUUAGUAUUUUUAUGAAUGUCGAUAGUCAUUCGUCCCAUGAAAGGAAAAGUCAUCUCAUCCAUCUGGAUGAAUAGCUUAUAAACAAGUGUCACUUUUGAUCUGAAGUAAAUUGACGUCGACAAACCGUUGUUGAUUUUAAUUUAUUGGCUUCCCAUACUCAAUGAAUAUUUCAAACAAGUACGGAUUUCAACGGCCAACGUAAACAACAGCACGUUAAAGACCUUGAAGUGUGGUUUCGAUAGAAGUGAUGUUUUGUUGAAAAGUUCGCCAUCUUGGAUACGCCAUUUUGAUUUAUUCAAAUCAGUUGACAAAUUCACUCAUAGUCGAAUAAAUCGAGAUGGGAAAUGAGCUAAAAACGUUUAUGCCACUCAACAAUCCCCACUCAUACUUUGCAGAGAUGCUGUUGUAGUUAACAAGUGGACUCACGUGGCAAUGACUUGGGGACGUACACAAGGUACCGUGAGGCUUUUCAUGAACGGAGAGAUGAAUGUCAGUAAGAUAGUAACAAGCAACUCGAAGGACUUUAUGAAUUCAGGCCAUUCAGUGUUCGACAUUGGCUUAAAGAGAGAUAGCAGAACCACAGCACAUGCCUACUUCAGUGACCUCAUGGUGUUUAGGCGCGAGCUGCGAUUUUCAUCCAUUAAAAAUGUAAAUGAGAUAAAAGAAUAUCUUGUUCUUAACCACCCACUGUCAAAAAAUUCUGUGGGGACUGUGGGGGCGUGA